GCGGCGGGUGGCCGGCCAGGCGUGUGCCGGGUGGGAGAAGACGGGCGGCGGCGAUGCUGCCGCCUCCCUAAGGAGCCCCGAGGAGAUUGCUGCGCUUGAAGCCCCAGAAAGCGCGGAAGAGCUGCGAGCUGGGUCGGUGGCUUCGGGCGCCUGCCCGGCCAUGGUGGCCGCGGGCGGUGGUUGGCGCGGCAGCGCUGCGGCCCGGGGCCGUUCGGGGCCGGGACAGUCGUGGCGCUGACGCCCGAGGGGCCCAGCCACAGAUAUGAAGCGGAGCCGCUGCCGCGACCGACCGCAGCCGCCACCACCGGCCGCCUGCAGGGAGGAUGGGGCUCAGCGGGCGGCGGAGCUGCCCCAACCCCAGCCCUUGCCGUCGCGCCGGCGAGCGCCUCCUGGGAGGCAGCUACUGGAGGAGCGGACCGGGCCCUCGGGCCCCGAGGUGAAGGAGCAGGAUGUGAUAACUGGACUUAGUCCCCUGCUUUUCAGGAAGCUCAGUAAUCCUGACCUGUUUUCAUCCACUGGAAAAGCUAAACUUCAACGACAACUUAGUCAGGAUGACUGUAAGUUGCGGAGAGGAAGCCUGGCCAGUUCUCUGUCAGGUAAGCAGCUGCUCCCCUUGUCCAGCAGUGUACAUAGCAGUGUGGGACAGGUGACUUGGCAGUCUUCAGGAGAAGCAUCAAACCUGGUUCGAAUGAGGAACCAGUCUCUUGGACAAUCUGCACCUUCUCUUACUGCCAGCUUGAAGGAGUUGAGCCUUCCAAGAAGAGGCAGCUUAAUCUCUACUCUUUGCCGAGGAUCUGAAGUAAACCAGCACAUGUUUCCACCCACAUCGGCUCCAGCUCUUUACUUCACUAAAAUCCCAUUUAGUGCUGAUUGUGCUUUGGCUACUUCUCCUCUUGCCUUUUUCCUGAACCCACAAGUUCACAGCAGUCCUGGCAGUCCCUGUUCCAGCCGCCCACUGCAGUGGAGUUGUCGGACAAGUAACCGUAAGAGUUUGAUUGUGACCUCUAGCACAUCACCUACACUACCACGGCCACACUCACCACUCCAUGGCCACACAGGUAACAGUCCUUUGGAUAGUCCCCGGAAUUUCUCUCCAAAUGCACCUGCUCACUUUUCCUUUGUUCCUGCCCGUAGCCAUGGCCACAGAGCAGACAGGACUGAUGGACGGCGCUGGUCUUUGGCCUCUUUGCCCUCUUCAGGCUAUGGAACCAACACUCCUAGCUCUACUGUCUCAUCAUCAUGUUCCUCACAGGAAAAGCUUCACCAGUUGCCCUUCCAGCCUACAGCUGAUGAGCUGCACUUUUUGACGAAACAUUUCAGCACAGAGAGUGUACCAGAUGAGGAGGGACGGCAGUCCCCAGCCAUGCGGCCCCGUUCUCGCAGCCUCAGUCCUGGACGGUCCCCAGUUUCCUUUGACAGUGAAAUAAUAAUGAUGAAUCAUGUGUACAAAGAAAGAUUUCCCAAGGCCACCGCACAAAUGGAAGAGCGUCUUGCAGAAUUCAUUUCCUCCAACACUCCAGACAGUGGGUUGCCCUUGGCAGAUGGAACCUUGAGCUUUAUUCAUCAUCAGGUGAUUGAGAUGGCCCGAGACUGCCUGGAUAAAUCUCAGAGUCGUCUCAUUACAUCACACUACUUCUAUGAGCUUCAAGAGAAUUUAGAGAAACUUCUGCAAGAUGCUCAUGAGCGCUCAGAGAGUUCAGAAGUGGCUUUUGUGAUGCAGUUGGUGAAGAAGCUGAUGAUUGUCAUUGCCCGCCCAGCUCGGCUCUUGGAAUGCCUGGAGUUUGACCCUGAAGAGUUCUACCAUCUGUUAGAAGCAGCCGAGGGCCAUGCCAAAGAGGGACAAGGGAUUAAAUGUGAUAUUCCCCGCUACAUCGUUAGUCAACUGGGCCUCACACGGGAUCCCCUAGAGGAAAUGGCCCAGUUGAGCAGCUAUGACAGUCCUGACACUCCAGAGACAGAUGAUUCAGUUGAGGGCCGUGGGGCAUCUCUGACUAAAAAGACACCCUCUGAAGAGGACUUUGAGACCAUUAAGCUCAUCAGCAAUGGCGCCUAUGGGGCUGUAUUCCUGGUGCGGCAUAAGUCCACUCGGCAGCGCUUUGCCAUGAAGAAGGUCAACAAGCAGAACUUGAUCCUACGGAACCAGAUCCAGCAGGCCUUCGUGGAGCGUGACAUACUGACUUUUGCCGAGAACCCCUUUGUCGUCAGCAUGUUCUGCUCCUUUGAGACCAAGCGCCACCUGUGCAUGGUGAUGGAGUAUGUGGAAGGAGGAGACUGUGCUACUCUGCUGAAGAACAUCGGGGCCCUGCCUGUGGACAUGGUGCGUCUGUACUUCGCAGAAACCGUGCUAGCCCUGGAGUACUUACACAACUAUGGCAUCGUGCACCGUGACCUCAAGCCUGACAACCUCCUGAUUACAUCCAUGGGGCACAUCAAGCUUACUGACUUUGGCCUUUCUAAAAUUGGCCUCAUGAGCCUGACAACAAACUUGUAUGAGGGCCACAUUGAAAAGGAUGCCCGGGAGUUCCUGGACAAGCAGGUAUGCGGGACCCCGGAGUACAUUGCGCCUGAGGUGAUCCUGCGUCAGGGCUAUGGGAAGCCAGUGGACUGGUGGGCCAUGGGCAUAAUCCUGUAUGAGUUCCUGGUGGGUUGCGUCCCUUUCUUUGGAGAUACUCCGGAGGAGCUCUUUGGGCAAGUGAUCAGUGAUGAGAUUGUGUGGCCUGAGGGGGAGGAUGCACUGCCGCCAGAUGCCCAGGACCUCACCUCUAAACUGCUCCACCAGAACCCUCUGGAGAGAUUGGGUGCAGGCAGUGCUUCUGAGGUGAAGCAGCAUCCGUUCUUUACUGGUCUGGACUGGACAGGACUUCUUCGCCAGAAGGCUGAAUUUAUUCCUCAACUGGAGUCAGAGGAUGAUACCAGCUACUUUGACACCCGCUCUGAGCGCUACCACCACGUGGACUCAGAGGAUGAGGAAGAAGUGAGUGAGGAUGGCUGCCUGGAGAUCCGCCAGUUCUCAUCGUGCUCUCCAAGGUUCAGCAAGGUGUACAGUAGCAUGGAGCGGCUGUCCCUGCUUGAGGAGCGCCAGGCACCACCCCCCACCAAGCGCAGCCUGAGUGAGGAGAAGGACGACCGCUCUGAUGGCCUGGCAGGGCUGAAGGGCCGAGACCGGAGCUGGGUGAUUGGCUCCCCUGAGAUAUUGCGGAAGAGGCUGUCAGUGUCAGAGUCAUCCCACACGGAGAGCGACUCAAGCCCUCCACUGACAGUGCGACGCCGCUGCUCAGGUCUCCUGGAUGCUCCUCACUUCCCUGAGGGCCCUGAGGAGGCUAGCAGCACCCCCAGGAGGCAGCAGCUGGAGGGUACAUGGCUUCUGACACCCCCAUCUGGAGAAGGGGUAUCUGGGCCUGUCCCUGAACGGCCAGUAGAGCGGCGACUGAAGCUAGAUGAGGAGCCUGUUGGCCAGAGCUGCAGCUCCAGUCCAGGUGUGGCCCAGCAGGUGGCCAGGAGGCCUGGAAUGGAGGACGCUGCAGGCAGGCAGGGGGGUGAGGCUCCACUGCAUUGCAGGUUUCAGUGCUCACUUGGGCCCACAGCUCUGGAGACUCGAGGAGGCCGUGGGACCCCACAGCUGACUGAGGGAGCCACAGCCAAGGCCAUCAGUGACCUGGCGGUACGCAGGGCCCGCCACCGACUGCUCUCCGGGGACUCAGCAGAAAAGCGCACCACUCGCCCCAUCAACAAAGUGAUCAAGUCCGCCUCAGCCACAACCCUGUCCCUCCUCAUUCCUACAGAACACACCUGCUCUCCAUUGGCCAGCCCCAUGUCCCCACAUUCCCAGUCAUCCAACCCAUCAUCCAGGGACUCUUCUCCAAGCAGGGACUUUUUGCCAGCCCUCAGCAGCUCGAGGCCUCCCAUCGUCAUCCACCGAGCUGGCAAGAAGUAUGGCUUCACCUUGCGCGCCAUCCGUGUCUACAUGGGUGACUCAGACGUCUACACUGUGCACCACAUGGUGUGGCACGUGGAGGAUGGAGGUCCAGCUAGUGAGGCAGGGCUUCGUCAGGGUGACCUCAUCACUCAUGUCAACGGGGAGCCUGUGCAUGGACUGGUGCACACAGAAGUGGUGGAGCUGAUUCUGAAGAGUGGAAACAAGGUGUCUAUUUCAACAACGCCCUUGGAGAACACAUCCAUUAAAGUGGGGCCAGCUCGGAAGGGCAGCUAUAAGGCCAAGAUGGCCCGAAGGAGUAAGCGGAGCCGGGGCAAAGAUGGGCAAGAAAGCAAAAAAAGGAGCUCCCUGUUCCGGAAGAUCACCAAGCAGGCAUCCCUGUUGCACACCAGCCGUAGCCUUUCCUCCCUUAACCGCUCCUUAUCAUCAGGGGAGAGUGGGCCAGGCUCUCCUACACACAGCCACAGCCUUUCCCCCCGAUCUCCCACUCAGGGCUACCGGGUGACCCCUGAUGCUCUGCAUUCAGUGGGAGGAAAUUCAUCACAGAGCAGCUCCCCCAGCUCCAGCGUGCCCAGUUCUCCAGCCGGCUCUGGGCACACACGACCCAGCUCCCUGCACGGCCUGGCACCCAAGCUCCAGCGCCAGUACCGCUCUCCGCGGCGCAAGUCGGCCGGCAGCAUCCCUCUGUCACCGCUGGCCCAUACCCCUUCCCCACCGCCAGCAGCUUCACCCCAGCGCUCCCCAUCACCCCUUUCUGGACAUGGAGCCCAGGCCUUCCCCACCAAGCUUCACUUGUCGCCUCCUCUGGGCAGGCAGCUCUCACGACCCAAGAGUGCAGAGCCGCCCCGCUCACCACUACUUAAGAGGGUACAGUCAGCUGAGAAACUGGCAGCUGCGCUUGCUGCUUCCGAGAAGAAGCUAGCCACUUCUCGGAAGCAUAGCCUUGACCUGCCCCACCCCGAGCUAAAGAAGGAACUGCCGCCCAGGGAAGUCAGCCCUCUAGAGGUGGUUGGGACCAGGAGUGUGCUGUCUGGGAAAGGGUCACUGCCAGGGAAGGGGGUGCUGCAGCCUUCUCCCUCAUGGGCCCUAGGCGCUCUCCGACAGGACCGGGCUGAACGGCGGGAGUCGCUGCAGAAGCAGGAAGCCAUCCGUGAGGUUGACUCUUCAGAGGAUGACGCCGAGGAGGGGCCGGAGAACAGCCAAGGUGUACAGGAACCGAGCUUGGCACCAAGCCCAGAAGUGGGCCGGGACCCACCCCUCAGAGGAGCAGGAGAGGGUGAGGAAGAGGAUGCCUUCUUGUCUAGGGACCCCAAGAGCCAGGGCUCAGCGGCCCCAGGCCUGUUGACAGAGAUCACACUGAAGGAUCCCGGAAUGGAAGGCCCUAGUGUCCCCCAGAGGAGGCUUGGGAUCCCACAAGCCUUUGAGGAGGCUGCCAUCUCCUCAUCACCGGCCCCCAGCCUAGGUAAGGCUGGACCCACAGACCCUAUCCCUCCUGAAGGCUGCUGGAAGGCCCAGCACUUCCAUACCCAGGCACUAACAGCACUUUGUCCUAGCUCUUCAGGACUUCUCCCUACCAGUCCCUCUGCUGUCGCCUCGACCUCUGGAGAGCCAGGCCCAUGGGCCUGGAAAUUUCUUAUUGAGGGUCCAGACAGGGCAUCCCCAAGCAGAAAGGCAACAAUGGAAGGUGGGAUGGCCAGCUCCCAGGAUUUGGAAACCAUAACUCCAGUCCACUCAGAGAACCUGUCUCCCAGACAGGAGGUGAAGUCAUGGCCACCUGGUGCCCCUGGGCCGGUCCAUCCACCUUGUGAGUUUCCCCGCCAAACCUGGCUGUGGGAGCCCGAAUGUGCACAAAUAGAGAAAGAGGAGCCAGCCCUGGGCAUCACCAAAGUGCCUGAUGCCUCAGGUGAUAGGAAGCAGGACAUUCCACGCAGAAGCUGCCCUCUCACCCAGGAGCCUGGGCCCAGCCUGCUCCGGAGAGGCCGAGACCCAGCAGGCCCUCAAAAGCAUCAGGACUUGGCAUUGGUGCCUGAUGAGCUUUUAAAGCAAACCUAACAGUCGUUUGCCAUUUCUUGCACUCAGAUCUGUGUAAUACAUGCUCUUGGAAACCA